AUGUUUCACAGGUGAGUUGAGCUGCACAGUCAGGCUUGAGGGGUGAAACUAAACAACCCACUGCCCAUUUCACAGUGUAGACAUGAUUUUACACACCAGCACAACACAACCUUUGUCUACUCCACUUGUCAUGGUUCUGUCUUUUUGUUUCUCUUUUUCCUUUUUUGGGCCGCCAGAUGGCGGUAGUCUUGUUCCUUUUCCCUGCUUAAUUGUUUUAUUGGUUCCAAUUAUUCUAUUAUUGUUUUUCAGUUGUGUCUAGUUAUCCCUUCCCUCUGUGGUCUGAUUGUGCAUUGUGCCCUCCUGUGUCUUGUUAGGGUCUAGUCUAUUUAAGUCGUCUUCUUCCCUGACUCCGGGUGCUGGUUCCUUGUGUUUUCGCUUGUGUUUCCUUGUGUCUUGCCUGAGCGUUUGCCCGUGUUUCCCCAUGCCUGUUUUUUGUCCACCUGUUUCUGCCCUGCCCGUUUAGGUUCCCUUUGGAUUUUCUGUUUUCUGUUUUUGAGUUUUGUAAUUAAAGUCUGUAUUCAGACUUGUGUGCAGAUUUCAGACGGACACCUCUGAGCAGCGAGAUCGCCUCAUUCACCUGGUCUGGGAGGUGAAUAUGAGGUUAAAGCUGCAGGACAUCUGCAGAGAUGUAGGGAUGAGUCCCAGCAGCUCAGAAGCCCCUCUAAUGAGUGCCCAGGAUACCCAGCGUGCCGCUCUCGCUGACCUGUGAGAGCGGCCCACUGCGAGAGCUGGCACAGGCGCUGGCACACCCGUUCACCUGCCCCCCCCACACCCUGUCAGCAGUGGUGGGGGACGGCGUUACCGACCUGCUCGGCGCCGUCAUGGAGCCAGCCAAUCGCAGAGCGUCGAGCAGGGCCAUCAGCGAGGUGGCGGUGGGCAUGGCCAUAUGCGUCCAUGACGACCUGCACGCUGCGGGAUGGGCAGAGGAGCGGGCUUUCGGGGUGCAGUGCUGGAGGUGGGCCAGGUCCAACAUGGUGGGGGUGCUCCACAGAGACCUGCUGGAGCAGGCCGGCUCCCCUGGAGCUCUGCAGGCCGUCCUGAGGGGGAACAGCGCCGCGGUCACCUCCGCCAUCACCACCGCCAUCGCCAAGGCCCUCCUUGCGGCUGCUGAUACCACACUGAGCGCCGGCCCUGCCACGCCUGAGGAAGAGGAGAAAGAGAACGUCCCUGCGGCAGAAGAUCCUGUGAACACUGCAGUGGAACCAGAGACGCCAGUGGCCCAAGACAAGACAUCAGUGGUUGAUAGUGAGGCAUCCACAACUUCAGAGGAGGAAAUGGACUCCUGCGUGACAUCACUGGCGGACAGUGACUCACCAAUCACAUCUGUGGUGGAAAGUGAAGCAAUGGACUCCUGCAUGACAUCACUGGAGGACAUUGACUCCCUAAUGACAUCUGUGGUGCAAAGUGGGGCAGUCAUGAGAUCACUAGAGCCAAUGGACUCCUGCGUGACAUCACUGGAAGAAAUUGGCUCAAAAAUGUCAUCGCCGGAUAAUAGUGAUGCAGUCAUGACAUCACUUGAGGAAGUAGACUCCUGCAUGACAUCUCAGGAGGAUAUGGACUCACCACUGACACCACAGAUGGAAAGUGAGGCACCAAUGACAUCAACGGUGCUAACUGAUGUGGCCAUGGCAACGCUGGGGGGGAUCCCCACGACUGAGGAACCUCUGGUGGAGGAGGGAGGAAAGCCAGAUGGAUUUGACAUGGAGAUCCCUGUUCCACUGGACACUGCCGCGGGUGAUACACUCCUGGACCUUCCACACAAGGAGAAGAAGCAGAAGAAAGGAGUCAGGCUCUUCUUUGCCCGAGUGUGGAAGGCCCUGAAACGCAGCUGCUGCUGCUGCUGCGUUUCCACAGAGACCGACUGAAAUUUUAAAUGUUUAAAUGUCUGUGUGUCUGUCUGUGUGUUUGUGUGUCUGUCUCUGUCCUUUUUGUCCUUUUGUCUGUCUCUUGCCUGCCUUGCCUGCCUGCCUGCCUGCCUUUCUGUCUGUCUGUCUGUCUGUUUGUCUGUUUCUGUCUGUCUCUCCAUUUUAGAUCUGGCCAUCACCAAGAAGAAUUACUAAUUAAUAAAGCGCACAAAAACAGCAAAAAGAAAAAAACAACAAAAAAAAAACGAAAAAAGGAUUUUUGCUUCAGAGUUUGGAUUAAACAGCGAAGGCAUUUCAUCACAUGUUGCAGUGAUGACAGUGUUCGCAUUUAUGGCAUUUUCUUGUGUAUUCUUAGAAAACAAAUGUUUUAAAAUAUUACUUUCAGGAUUGCAAAAGAAACCUGUUGAAUACAGAUGGGACACUGGAAUGAUACAGUGAAAUGGAAGCCAGGACUCACACUUUGGUCCUGAGAGGCAAACAGUGAUGUGAUGACAUCACAACUGGCAGCGGAUGCCAGCAAGAUAUAUGGAAACUACAGUAUCAGUAGAGAUGGACAAAUCCACAGUGGCAGACGUCAUUUACCAGGACGAGAGGCUCCUCCACACAGGCCAAAAUGUGGUGAAGUUAAAAUGUUUUCUGGAUGGACACCGUGCAGGAACCAUCCAGAGAGACUCAUUUCAGGGGGAGCCUAAACAGGUGUGAGGAUGAGUUGGUGGACUUUGCGCCCUGACCCCCCGGAUAUGCUGGAUUUAUUAGGCACAGUGUGAGCAGUGUGUGUUGCUGUUGCUGUGUGCUGAAGUGGUUAAGGAUGAGAAGCUUCUGUCGUAGCCCCCAGGCUAGGAAGGGCUCUUCCUGGCCGACCCUAGGGCUGGUGGACAGGCCUGCAGCAGGGAUGCUAACACAUGUGUAGCGUGGAUGCUAGCACAUGUGUAGCGUGGAUGCUAGCACAUGCAGCAGGGAUGCUAGCACAUGUACCCCUGCACAGAGACACACAUCCCCACUUUGCAGAUAAUGCAGCCAACAUGGUGAAGGCCUUGAGGGAUUAUGGUCACAACAUCCGGUGUUUGUCCCAUAUGCUUCACUUGGUGUGGCCAAAGCACUGGAGCUGAACAAGAUUGUGACAUCUCUUCUCUCCAAGUCCAGGAGCAUCUCUGGCUUUAUUCAUCGCCCAAGCAAAGCCACCAACAGACUACAUGAGCUGCAGAUGCAGCUGGACCUCUCCCUGCACACGCUCAUAACAGAUAUAAAAACAGGGUGGAACUAUAUGUUCUGUAUGCUCCAGCGGCUGGUGGAGCAGUGCAGGGCUGUGCAGAUUACGACACAGGAGUCCAAUAUGGGUAAAGCUCCAACAAUCAUCUACCCAAAUGAAUGGAGGUUAGCAUCAGACAUGAUGCCUGUUCUUAGUCCUUUUGAGGAGGUCACACGGGCACUCUCAAAAAGUGCGUCCACCUCUGAGGUCAUCCCCCUACUGCAUGGCUUGUGCUCCAUCAUCAGGUCACUGCAUUUGGGAACUCUUGCAGUUGGUGAGGAUGAAUCUGAUGUCAUGGCUGGUGGUGAUGAUCAGGAUGCCACGGUGGGGCUGGGGCAGGAUGUUGCUGCUGAGUCCAGGGAAAAGCUAUGCACAGCAGCAAGGAAACUGGCAGCCAAUCUGAGUAGACAACUAGAGUGGCGUUUCGAACCCAUCUUUUCAAACUCCACAUUUCUGCUCGCCACUCUCCUUGACCCCAGAUAUAAGGCCAGCUGUUUCCCAAACAGUGUUGAUGUGGAGACACUGAAGAGGACAUUAGUCCAUAGGAUGGAGCUCUGUGGUGCUGUGGCUGCACCUGCAAGAAACACAGAAGAGACACCUGUCACCAGCAGCUGCUCAGUCUUCUCCUUCCUGCAGAAAAAGAAAUCGGCUACUCCAAUGAGGACACAUGCACCAUCAGGCAAGCUGACAGGAGGCCCAGCAGCAGAUCAAGGCUUUGCAGCUGUCACUUUCCAAAGGGCAAGGAGAAGGGACCUCUUUGAUUUCCUUGGCAUGGUACUCCAUCAAGUGAGGUUUGCAAAGUCGGUAGCGAUUCAAGUGGUACUCCUGAAGAGGGCAGCGAUUCCAAUGAGGCUCGCAAAGUCAGCAGCGACUUAAGUGAUCCCCCUUCAGAGGGACACUGCCUACUGAACCGAGGAGGAUCUAAUCACCUGAUCUAAUUUUUUAUAAUAAAAAAACAUGAACUAAAUUACUUGACUGGUUUCUUUUUUAAACAACACAUUCAAUUAGAACAGUUUAAGCCCUUG